CUUCACUGUGUGGAAGAGUUUCAACAGAACCAAGCUGCAGCUCCACAGCUCCGUGACAGUGACUCACGUUUACGCGUGUGCGCGUGCGCGGUGCCAGUCCGGCCACAUUCCUGGGGGAUGGAUGAAAAAAGUAAAUGAGACAGGUGUUGAGAGUCGGUGUGUGGGGCAGGACCCGUCUGACGAGACGGACCGUUUCUGUGUUUUGUGUUUUGGAGAUGAGCGUUUCACUCUCAUCCUCAUUCCUCCACUCACACCGUCUCCUGCGCGCGUGGGUCGCACACCUGUGCCGAUCAGAGAGAGAGCAGAAGGUUUGAGACGGAUCGAUAACAGCGGUGACAGGAGAGUUUUGUUGAUGGUGAAUUUUCCUCACACACACACACACACACACACACACACACAGAGGAUGAGAGAGUGAAGGAGAAACUCUCUGGACUUCACCGGUCGGACUGAACAGACUUCUGUGGUUUCGGUGGACCCUUCACCUGACGAUGGAUCAGGAGAACACAAUGGACUUCAGGGCUCUGAGGGCCAAGUUCCAGGACGAGGAACUCCUCCUGAAGCAGCCCAGGAUCAAACCUGCUCUCCCGGAGAAACCAAAGGUCGUCCCUCCCCCGCAGAGCCCCACUCAUUACCUCCCUGCAGGAGCACGCCCCUCCCUGCUCACCUCCAUCAACAGCAGCUUGGAGGGAAAAACAAUGAUGGCCCCCAGAGUGAUCUUCAAGGACGAGAUGAAGGACAGCAAAAAGCCUCUGAUCCAGAUCAACUCCAGGGGGAAGGAGAAGAGCGAGGCGAAGCUGAAGGGGAGUAAAGACAAGACGAAGGGAGUCAAAGAGAAGCUGGAAGACGAGGCGUCGGGUCAGAAGAGGAAGAAAGAGAACGGUAAAGGCACGGCAGAGCUGGUGCCGGCCACGCCUCCACCUAAAGCCGCAACACCAAAGAAGAAGAAUUUCCUCACUUUCAAGAGGUCUUUAAAGAAAGAUGCAGCGGGGGUCCCAGCAGACCCCAUCCUGGACACCCCCAGCUCCCACGUCCCCGGACCAGCUCCACUGAUCCCAGUACCUUCUGCCUUCGGUGACGCAGCACCACAACCUCAAAUCUCUGCACCAAAGGCCCUGAUGCCAAACAUCCCAAUCAUACCUGACUCAAGGGCCGCCGUGGAGAUCCCCCCACCCUCCAUCAUCCCCGCCUUUCCCGACUUCACCCCCCCUCCUGCCUUUAUUCCUGAUAACCCAGCUGCUAAAGUCCCGAGCCCAGAGAGUGAAACCCCGCUGGAGACAGAAACUCCCGCCCUGUCCGUCUCCAGACCUGCCAGCCAAAAUGAAAUCACUCCCAGUCCACCCAGCGUCGCCCCCACCCCCCCACCCAGGCAUUCUGUCUGUACUCCUCCCCCGGCGGCCUCCACCCCUGAGCCCGAGGCCGAGGCUGUGAUUGUAGCUGCAGCGGAGAAGCCUCCUCCUCGGGUCACAGACCCUCCAUCCGUCCCGCCGUCGCCCAAACCUGAGCGUCCCAUCUCUGCGCUCUCGGCUCUGGAGAGGGCGGAGGACAUGACCCCGGGGAAACGGCCCUCCCCGGCGGACCAGAGGAUUCUCAACGCUCUGGAGAAGGCUCGCAGGAAGACGGCCAGCCCCACCGCCUCUUACUCCAUCACCCCUCCACCUGAAGAGCUCCCCCCUCCUCACAGCCCCACCCAAUCUUUCCCACAGCUCCCACCCAUUGAUUAUGAAGCUCGGGCAGGAAACUCCCGCUCAGCGAAACCAGAGCAAGUCAACGGCAUCGACCACGGACAAGCCUCUCCAGUGUUGGGGGGCAUCAGUGAGGAGGGGUCUGAUGUUCUCCCAGAGGUGUUGGUGGUUCCCCGUCCUCCUCCCAAAAAGGUCUUCCCAGACCGCAAGUCUCUGGGUCCUCCCCCACCGAAGCCUACAAGACCUCUGUCUGUCAACCUGAGUGACUUCAGCCCUCCUGCUGUGGAAGAUGAGGAGAUCCUUGCUCGUCCUGACCUCUCAGAGACGGACACCACAGACCUGCCAGAGUUCGACGAUGCGGCUCCAGAUGCUCCGGAGCUGCAGGUGUCGGAGUGGGGGAACGAGGAGUACGCUGGUUCAGAUACUGCAGAUGGACGGAACCUCUCAUUGAUCUACAGCAAUGGGGUAGCUGCUGCAGGAGCUGAACUCCAGGCAGCACCAGGACUUGGAGACGAAUACCAAGAUCAUCUACCACCAGAAUCCUCUUUCCCUGUCUCUCAAGAGUCUCCAUCAGUGGCCGGGCCUGAAGCCGAAGUUAGCAACGGCACCUAUGAGAGCACAGAAAAUGUCUACGAGGACAUUUCCAUGUCCGCCUCCAAAAAGAAAGUAAAGACUGACGGCGGCAAGAAACGCAAAGGACCACCAAAGAAUCCGUAUGCUGAGGCAGCACAGGAGGCAAGCGAAGAGAAGAGCAGGGCGGGCAGGUUCAGCAGGAUCGACAAGAAAGCCGCCACAGAGGGGCCGGACGAGAAAGAGCUGAAGAAGAAAGAGAAGCAGCGCUUGGAGAAGGAGAAGAAGGAGCUGAAGGAGAAACAGGAGCGGGAAAAGAAAGAGCAGAAGGAGAGGGAGAAGAAGAGAACGAGAUGAAGAAGAAAUUCAAAAUCACGGGGCAGGAGGACGCCAUGUACCAGGCCAAAGUAACCGUGACAACAAAAGGCCGCAAGAACGAUCUGCCCGUGAAGAGCGGCGACAUCGUCAGCAUCAUCCGAACAACCAACUGCCCGAGAGGGAAGUGGCUG